GACGUACCGCGGUUCCCACUCUACUGUUUGUUUGCCUACGGUCGGGUACUGGAUGGAGGUCUGUUAGCUCAAUUUCAAAACGGUAUUUAGAUGUAAAUUGAUUUAGUCAUUAGAAAGGGACAGAUUUAUCAUACUUCAUCUCUUCCAAAGGGUUGAAAGUAACUGUAAACCUGAGGUGUAUUUUUUGUUUACGCACGCGUUCGCCGGUGUGGUGGUCUCGCACGAGCGUUUUGAUGACUGUCAUAAAAAAACGAUAGCCAGAUUUGAGCGGUCGCAUGUUUGAUAUUCAUAUUUUGUAGUGUUGUUUUUAUUCUUGCUUCACAUUAUAUCCAACAACUGAUUAACGUACUCCAAGCGAAAGUGCGUGCAAUAACAAUUUUGUGGAUAAUAAUAUGUUGAUUAUUUGGAUUAAAUCACAUUUAUCGAUGCGAAUUGAGGCAAUAUAAGCAUGGUAGUCUUGCGUUAGUUGGAAACAGAUUGAAGGAGAAUCAUUGCUGCUGGAGAUUUCAGAUUUGAAGUGUUGAGGCCUUUGAUCCAGAUAGAAUGGGACUUUUAUGGAUUUUCCUGCUCAUAUGUGAUAUCAUUCUGUUGUUGGACUGUGCACGGGGCCCUCCCCGUGUGGCAGAGAAGAUAGCCCACAGACAAACAGUGCGGAUUGGGCGCACCAUGAAGCUCCAGUGCCCAGUGGAGGGUGACCCGCCCCCUCUCAUCAUGUGGACAAAGGAUGGGCGCAACAUCCACAGCGGCUGGAUGCGCUUCCGGGUGCUGCAGCAGGCCCUGCGCAUUAAAGAGGUGGAGGCUGAGGACGCAGGCACCUUCAUCUGCAAGGCCACCAACGGCUUCGGGAGUGUCAACAUCAACUACACCCUUAUUGUCAUAGAUGACAGCAGCUCUGGGAGGUAUGGAGAAGGAACAGCUGGAGAUACAGAAUACAUCACUGACCUGUCUGGGAAACUGGUGCGACCACGCUUCACACAGCCAGCCAAGAUGAGGAAGCGAGUGAUCGCCCGGCCGGUCGGCAGCUCGGUGCGCCUCAAGUGCACUGCCAGCGGGAACCCCCGUCCAGAUAUAGUGUGGUUGAAGGACAGCAAGCCACUCACUCCUGAGGAGGUGGGUGAGGGCCGGAAAAAGAAGUGGACCCUGAGUCUGAAAAACCUGACUCCUGAGAACAGCGGGAAGUACACCUGCCACGUCUCCAACCGCGCCGGAGAGAUCAACGCCACAUACAAAGUCGAAGUCAUCCAACGAACAAACUCUAAGCCUAUCCUGACCGGCACCCAUCCAGUCAACACCACGGUGGACUACGGCGGCACCACCUCCUUCCAGUGCAAGGUGCGCAGUGACGUCAAGCCCGUGAUUCAGUGGCUGAAGCGGGUGGAGUCAGGGGACGAGAACAAGUACAACUCCACCAUCGAAGUAGGGGACCAUCGCUUUGUGGUGCUGCCCACCGGGGAGGUGUGGUCCAGACCAGACGGCUCCUACCUCAACAAGCUGCUCAUCACCCGUGCCAAGGAGGAGGACGCUGGCAUGUAUAUCUGCCUGGGGGCCAACACCAUGGGCUACAGCUUCCGAAGCGCAUUCCUUACCGUGCUGCCUGACCCAAAGCCUCACCACACCCCUGUCCCAACUUCCACCUCUCCCAUUCUGCCCUGGCCCGUGAUCAUUGGCAUCCCAGCAGGGGUGGUGUUCAUCCUGGGUACUGUCCUGCUGUGGUUCUGCCAGUCCAAACGUCACUGCUCCUCUGGAGGUGUGGUAACCACCCAUGCCAUGCCCGCCUCUCAGCGCCCGCCUCCCCGUGUGCCAGCCUGCCUCCCAUCCAGUGAGGAUAAAGACUGCUUGGGCUCCCUCACAUAUGAGGACUACAUUACCCAGCAGCAGCAGCUCCUCCUGGCCCAAGGAGGCAGCGGAAUGGCCAUCCCUAAAGUCUACCCAAAGAUCUACACGGACAUCCACACACACACACACUCCCACGUGGAUGGCAAAGUACACCAACAUCAGCACAUCCACUACCAGUGUUAGCUGCCACUCUCCCGACAGGGAUGCUGUUAUGUACACUAGCCAUCAUGACUGCAGUGUUGUGUUGGCUUCAACCACCACCUCCUCCACAUGCCCAGUCCUGCCUUCAAGCCAAACAUUCUGACUCGGGGUGCUUCACACAAACCAUCUCACUGCUACAUUCUGCACUGUACUGAACCAAGGCCCUGGGGAUAACCCUCCAUGAGGUACAGAACCUGAGACAUUAUAUCGUUCAGGAUACCAACAUGAACUGCUCUAAAUGGAACAGCGUUUCGUACAGACAUUUUCCCACUAAAACCACUCUACAGUGAGAUAGCAAAAUGUGUUUCUCUAGUCUGGGACAACCUGCUUUUACUCAUAGUGACUGAAAUGAGUGAAUGCAGUAAGCUCUGUCUCAUUUCAGAGCUUACUCUUUAGGGAAAUGACAGCAUGUCCUGCAACACUUCUCCUCUCCGGCCUGCUUUCAUGUCCAUUGUAUGUGGAAGGUGCCAAGUAGAUGAUGUUCAUAAAAUGGUGUCCAAAAAUGGUGUCAGAUGCAGAACCUCAGAAAACAACAAAAGGAGUUUCAGUGCAAUGUAAACUGUCUUCAGAUUGCAUUGCAGUUGGAUUGUAACAUAAUCCACAUAUGCCGUCACAUUUUGAGUACCUCUAAAACAGGUCGACCAGUAAAGACACUGCGUGAUUGAGCAAACAAAGAUUGCAUGCAUUUUGUUGCUCAGAAAGGUUUUUUUCAAGGAAAGGGAACUGAAAGACAUUAGUCAUACUGUAUUACUGUAAGUCUAUGUGUAUGUGAAUCAAACAUUAUUUCUCUGUAAUAGGAAAUGCUAUGAAUUCCUGUAACAAAGGUUCCUUAACUUGAGGUAAAGUUCCUAAGGCCACCAUAUUGUUGACACUAUCUUAACAGAAAAGCUAUAUACUGAAAUAUGCUGGUAGGAAUGACAGUAUAGCAAAAUAUACUGUAUUCUCAUAUUUACGUUGGGUUUUGCAGCGCACUGGCAUGGAGUGCUCUGUGUGAGUGGUACUUUUGGUUUUAUCUCAAAAGGGCUUUUCAACUUUUGAAUUCUCAGGUGUCCAUUGUUCUUUUAUGUCCUGUUUGGAUGUAGUAUGUACAUAACUCUGACCACUAUAUGAAACUGUGUAAUAUGCCUUUGACUGCUCAUGUUGUGGCAGCAUUUUUAAGCUUUGGAAAGAGAGAUGGAAAGCUUGCCAAAAACCAAAAUACAGUAUGGCAGGAUUACUGCACUGUCUGUGAAGUGUCCACAAAACCAAAUGACUAAUUUCAGUUAUGUGAUUUACCCCAGUAUGUUGUAUGUGUCAAAGCUAAUGGACUGCCAGAUUAAGAAUCUGUGCACUUAUUCCAAGUAUGUUGAUUGAAGUAGUGUUUAAGUGAAUCUAUUGCUUUCAGCUUUCUUUUAAGGAAUAGGACCAUGGAGUAUCCCAUGUGAAAUUGACCUAAAAAUGUCUAAAAGACAAUAUAAUUUAUUUUCAUACCCAAUAUAAUUCUUUGUCCCAUAAUUGGGCUUUAUUUAAUUUUUGAACCCAAAAAAUUGUAAACUCAUCAGUAAAAGACAUUUUGUCUUAUAGUUACAGUGUAAGUAAGCUAUGUAGCAAAUACGUAUCAUAAGUGUAAAAUAUUUAUGUGACAUUCAAAUAUAUUUGUAAUCUUUGUAUUGACAAUCUUGUACAGUCUGUUGUCUUUUAGGUAAAUUUUAUUUUGUCACAUGGAAACAUUUUAAUCAUUUUAUCAACACCAUUAAAAUGAUAGCAAAUCUUUAAAAAUGUUGUUUGAUAUUAAGUGCUGUUAUUAAGUGUGCAAUAUGCAUGUUAUUUUUAUUAUAUCUAGUAAGAACAAUGGAAAACUGAGUGAGAAAAGAGUCACCAACUGCUGUAACAGAGAUGAGGGGAUAA